AUGAGCAAAACCGCGCAUUCAAAUGAGGGAGACACCACCAAUGAGAACUGUAAAACGGAUGGACAAACGGCCGGGAUGGUUACACCCGAAGUUGUGUUCACAUUGAACGGAGCGCCCGAGGUAGUUUCGGUUUUGGUUCUGCUCCUGAUUCGCCUAUAAAAACGAGUUUUCAGAACACGCAUCAACCUCCUGUGAAAAUGGACCCAUUCGAUCGGUCAAAGUGUGAAGGAGACAUUUACCAAGACACUGUCCAGGUUUGAAUUCACUUAAAGUGUUUAUAAAAAAAACAACAUAAAUUUGCAGAGAUGUCAUAAGAUUCUGGAAAAACUUGGAUGCCCGUUCACUUUGACGGGCGCUACCGAUUUCGAUGAAAGCGACGAUUUGACCGAGGGAGAGGACCAUGAUGACGUGGAUAUCACCGAUGACGAUGGAAUUCCCAAGAAUGAGAGGAUUGUCGAGACAAGGAAGAUGAACUGCACCACCGGUCAACUGGAUGCUCCGCGAGUCGCCGAGAGGCCACGGGCAACAACUCCAUCGCGAAACAACUCGGAUCAUUCGGAGGAACCGUCCGAGUCGUUCAGAGUUCUCGAGUACUCUAUCCGAACAUGUCACACGAUCUGGAAGAAGCGUCAGAAGAACUCGGAGAUCGCGUUGAAAGUCUGUUUUCUGCUUAUUUUUGUCUCGCACCUAUUGAAUCUUUUGAUUUCAGGGUCUCAUGAUGGUUCUUGAACUUUGUCUCUCGCAGCCAUCCACCAGUGAUGAAAUCUUUUCAUGCCUCUUGGAAACUCUUGGCUACAACACGGUAGGGGUGAUAACAACUUUGUGCCCCGGCGCAGUGUCAGCUGUCCGAGCGCCAGCCACAACAUACAACACGAAGACAAAAAAUAGAACUUUGGUGCAAUUUCUGUUUUCAGGUUACUUUCUGGAAAUCAGUGGUUCCUCAGAUCUACAAUUCUGACUUGACAUACGCAACACAGUACAGAGAAGCUCUCCUGUUCUCUUUGGUACUGUACGAUGUGAACUACAGUAAGAAUAGACUUCGUGAGCUUUAUGCUGCGGUACCGGGAGUACGACAGAGCAUGCUGGGCAUCAGGGCGAAACAGUUCGGGGAGAGAUUCCGGCAUCUUCAGAUGAAAGUGAGCAAUCGUGAACAUUCUGAAACAAACAGUUCAUGUUUUCAGAUAGCCCGAUCCCGUGCUAGUUCGAGGAUGUCCUCAAAGAUUGGGUCCGAAGAGAAUCUCGAGUCCAUUGCGUCUUUGGUCAAUGAUACUGUUUUUGAUGAAGAACCAAUUCAUAUCGGUGGACAAAUGCCGCUGGUCGACAUGUCGCACGACAAGGUACACAAAACCCCGUGGUCGGACGGUGUUUGUACUUUUUUUUCAGCAACGAGUCAUCAAUGUUUCCAACGCGCCACCAGUAUCCAUUAGCAGAAAGUCCAGUGGUUCCUGGGAAAUCAAACAAGGAUCCGGAGGACUGGUGGCUUGUGUGGAUCCGGUUAUGUCGGCAGAUAAGAAGAAUAUCUGGCUGUCAAACCUCGGAGUGAAUAUGCAAGAGGAGCUUACGGUAUAAAAAUAUCUAAAGAAAAUACCUGGAUGAAAACACUUUCAGGAGCAUUCUACUAGCACCAACUCCAUCGGACUUCCUCUUAUCAAACAAGCCUGUGCUGGAGAAGUUUUCUGUGUUUUGGAACGCACCGAUAAGAAGAAAGAACUGACUCCGAAAGAGCAAGCAGUCGAGUAAAUCUACUCAUUCUUAAAACUGUAGUAAUUCGACGUUUUUCAGAAGUGACAUGUCUCUUCUUUCUGUUCUCAACACUUACAACAAACACAGCUACCAACUCAAUCCAGUGGUUGUGAACCAAGUGAGAAUUGCUAGGAUAACUCAAAACCACGUCAUCUGAGCUUUUCAGGAUGACUACAACACCUACUACGGUGGAAUCAGCAACGGAUUGUUGUGGCCAGCUCUUCAUAACUUGCCACAGUACAUUUCACCUUGUUACGAUGAUCCAGCGUUGCUCCGUGAGCAAUGGUGCUCGUAUGUGCGUGUGAACUACCUGUUUGCGAUCAAUGCUGCCAGAAACAGUCGUGCACAGGACUUCAUUUGGAUUCACGACUACCAUCUCAUGCUUUGCGGACAGAUUAUGCGGUCUCUGGAGUCGAGCCUUGAUGUAAGGACUCUCUUUUGACAAGGACUCUUCCUGAGCGCCCAACUUCAGAUCGGCUUCUUCCUUCACAUUCCGUUCCAACCACCAGCAAACUUCAUGACCAAAUACAAGACUGUGGCCGAUCCAAUCAUCCGUGCACUUCUCCGCUUCACUAAAGUCGGCUUCCAAACCAGUCGCGACCGUGAAACUUUUGUGAAACUUGUCGCUGAUAACAUCAGAAAGACGAAAAUCGAGUAUGACAGUCGUCUUGAUCGCUUUACUAUCGAACACGAUGUGAGUGUUCUAAUUGAAAACCGUGUCGACAGAAACUUUUUUCAGGGAUUCACAUGUUCGCUUGGAGUGUUUCCAGUUUCAAUCAAAAUUGCCGACUUCACCAAUAUCGCCACGAAUCCACAGACAAUCAUUGAAGCGGACGAAAUCAAGAAAAAUGUCAGCAAAACCAUCAGACUGAAUGUAGUUAUUAUUUUCAGAUCAUGAGCAAAUCGGCGCCAGGCGGACAACUGUUCUUCUCUGUGGAAAGAUUCGACUACACCAAAGGAAUCAUGGAAAAACUGCGUGCCUGGAAAAGAUACUUCGAGAAGUAUCCAGACCGAAUCGGCAAAGACGUCCUCUUCCAAGUCGCUGUGACCAACCGAAGAUCUGUGGAUUCUUACAGACAAUACCAAGAUGACGUGUUGGCCUUGACGGACUUGAUUAACUUAACGUUUAAAAGUGAACAAUAUCCAGAAUGGAAACCAAUUAAAUUCGAAACUGACGGCCUGACGAGAACCCGAUUGAUCGGGCAUUAUCUAGCUAUGGACAUUGGAGUUGUCACUCCUUCAAAGGAUGGAAUGAAUUUGGUGGCGAAGGAAAUGCUCGUCUGCAAUCCAACUGCCUCUCUCGUGUUGUCCACCGGAGCCGGGACAGAAGUACAGCUGAGCAAUGCUGACUUUUACUCGGAUAACACUGGAAAGUGCUACCAUCGUGUUGAGGAUAUUGCUGACACUGAGGCAUUUGCGGAAACUUUCUUCGCAGCAGCAACUGAAACCAAAGACGUUCGAAAUGAGCAUGGUUCGAAAAUCAAUCAGUUCCUGUGUGUGCAUGACAUUGACGAGUGGAGCGAUCAGUUCUUGGACCCCAAGUGGACGCAUGAAGUUAUCAGCAAGACUGAGGUAUGUUUUAGAUCACAAAAGAUUGUUUUACGAUUGGAAAGUUACAGAUAAAGCAACUUGGACAAUUUUAUCGUCUCAUGGGCCGCACUGCUCAAGUUCGUCGGCAAAUUGUAGAAUGUGUACUGAAAGGACUUCCAAUCAGGCCUCACUUCAUGUAUUCGCUCGAAAAUGCAUUGGUAUGAAUCGAAAAAAGCGUUUGCUUAGAAGAAUGAAAUUGAAACGUUUUCAGGAUUCACUGAAAACGUCGUGCAGGGAAGGUGACAAGCUAACACUGCGAGCAGAUGACGAUUCAGGAGAAGAGACAGGAUUUGAGAUCACUUACGAUAUCCGCGACGAGAUUGAGGAACUCGACAAGGAUCUCGCUUUCCUCACGUUCAUCCAAUCGGAUGAAUAUGAGAAUGCCGAGGAAUUCAUUAACGUAUUAAACUUGUCGAGAGAAUACUCAAAACGAUCGAUUUACAGAAGCUGGGCUCGUUUUACUCGGGAGGACCGAGCAGUUUCAAAACGGAAGUCAAACAGGCCGCUGACAUGCUUCAACAAGGAAUUCAUUAUAACACGUUCUUUACUGAUCGGUCAGUCUGAAGGACCUCUUCUGAAAUUUUCUCAAACAAAAGGUCUUCUUUUCAGCGAUGGAACAUUGAAGAGCUACUCUUGUUCCUACCCGACCAGCGUUCAGCCGGCUUAUUCGGCAGUCAUCCAGGCUCAGUUUGCCCGCCGUUGUGCAACAUUCUGUGCAAUUGUCACAACAGCGCCUCUAUUCCGUAUCGGAAUUUUGGAUGUCGCCACGAUUCCGGAGGGAUACUACGCCUAUGGUGCGUCGGCUGGAAGAGAAUGGUAUCUGAACCCAGCACAGCAGUUCAAAGACCGAUCCUACUCUGUCAAUGACUUGAACCUCAUGAACAAAAUAUUUGAAAUGGUGAGUUCGCUCUGCAUUGUACAACAAUAGCUGCGUGUUAAGAUCGAGGAAACUCUCGAAAAACCUGCAUUCCGGAUAUUCAAAUGGAUCGGAAGUGGAAUUCAAAAACAUUGUGGACACAUCACGAUUGCAAAACAGAAUAUUCACGGAUCUAUUUCUGAGCGCAAGAUUGGAGAGUUACACGAGCAGCUUGUGAAGAUCGUCAACGAUUUCGAUCCGACCGGUGUCAAACUGACUAUGAGAGAGUCUGAUCUGGACUUCAAAAUUUACGUGAAGGUCCGUUUUGAGGUUGAAAAUAGUAUUCAGAUUAAAAAGUUACUGAUAAGAAAGUUUUCAGGCCAAACUGAAAGGACGCAUUUUCAACAAGGGACACGGAAUGCGACUUGUGAUCGAGCGACUGAAACCGAAUAUGUCAAAUGGAAAUUGCUUGGUUUGCGGUGACAACGAAUCGGAUAUUCCGAUGCUAGAAGAAUGUCUGAAACGUGUCGGAUCGAAAGUUUACACCAUCUGGGUGACUUCUGACAAAUUUCUUCAAGAGACAGUGAGCAGAUCUUUCUUGAUUGUGAUUUGAUAAUUUUCUAAAUUCAGGUCACGAAGCUCUGUGAGAGUUACAGCUGCUUCAACAUCCACUUCGUCUCGUGCCCACAGGUUCUUCUGGGCGCCAUGGCCUAUGCUACCGCUCACACUUUGACCGACGAGAAGAACCGGUCAUUCUACUAUGACUCGGACACUCCGAUGGACGAGGAUGAGCUUGAACACUGA